CUAGCGAUUGGCCUGCUAGCCGUAUAAGAGGCUUGAGCAGUUUCCGCCCAAGCCGAAGAGGACUCCACAUCCAUCUCGUGGGGACUCUGGGUGUGCGCGGCAGGGUAACAGAAACCCUGUGUGUCACUCAUAGGAGUUUGGCGGCUUGAUCCACCGCCCACCUCUUCCCGUCUUCGAACGGAGCCUACUAUAAGACGUAACGACGAGUUUAAUGCGCUCUUGUCCUGGACAUCUGGAGUUUGUCUGCGUGGAGCCUAGCAACCUCCACAUGAUUGUUCGUGUUCUGUCUGCGUGGAGCCUAGCAAACUCCAUGUGUGUUCGUGUUUUCUGUUGUAACCACAACUCAAGCAAGUUCUCAGCCUACACCACGACCAUCUCGGUGGUAUGGACAAACAUGCACUUGGAACAGUUUAAAAAAAGGACAAUGUGGGAGGGACCUGAUGCAGCUGUAUGGAAGAUGGCCACCUCCAGAGCCAAUUGUUGCACUGCUGAGGCAACUUCCCCAGUGCAACUGGGGAACAGAUACAAGGAUGUAGCAUCACUGGAGGAGAGAGUAACAGAGGAAGCCACCUCCACAACCACCACCACCACAACCACCAGCAUGCAGACUAAGAGACAACCGGACAGCUGGAAGAAGAGACCCCUAGUUGUCGUAGUGGGCAACUCCCUCCUGAGGGGAAUAGAGGGAGUCAUCCGUCACCUAGAUCACGUGGUAUGGGAGGUAUGUUGCCUGCCCAGAGCCCAGAUCCAACACGUCACUGCAAGGAUUCCUGACCUCAUUAGGCCCUCCAACUACUAUCCCAUUGUCCUCAACCACAUGAGAACAAAUGAUACGGCCAGGAGUAGUCCAGGCCAGAUCAUGAGUGACUACAAGGCUCUGGGGGCCAGGCUUCAAAGCUCAGGGGUGCCGGUGACCUUCUUGUUGAUCCACCCAGUCAGUGGUCACGGUCCGCAUCGAGACAGCUGUAUUAGGGAAUUCAACAUGCAGCUCCAGAGCUGGUGUCAUUGUGCAGGUUUUGGCUUUCUUGACCAUGGUCCAUACUUCCAGGAAAGAGGCAUGCUGGAACGAGACAGCUUCUAUCUCUCUUCAGAAGGGUCAGAGAAGGUAAGCUGGAAGAGACCUCGGAAGAUCAUUGGGUCCAAACCCCCUGCACCAAGCAGAAAAGACAACUAGGAUCAAGUGACCCCAGCAAGGUAACUGUUCAGUCUCCACUUGAAGAUUUCCAGGGUAGGUGAUUGCACCACCUCUGGAGGGAGCUUAUUCCACAGUCUAGACAUCCUGACU